AUGAGUAUAUCAGAACGUAAAACAACUAAAUUACUUUUGAUUGGAGGAACAGGUGAUGGUAAAAGUUCACUUGGUAAUUUUAUUUUGAAGAAGAAUGCCUUCAAAGUCAACGACACUCCAAAUUCAAUAACACAAAAAACUGAAGGGUCGUAUGGAGAAGAUGAUAGAAAUGAUAUAUUUGUUAUUGAUACCCCUGGUCUUCAAGACUCUGGAGAAAUGGAUGAAAACCAAUUAAACCAAAUGGUGAAUUACAUUAAAGAACAAAAAGGAUUAGAAGCGAUAGCUUUAGUUUUAAAUUUUAAUAGUGUUCAAUUUUUAAAUAAUAUUGAAGCACUGAUUAAGAAGUUGUACAAAGCAUUCCCAACUAAAGAUUUCUGGAGACAUGUCUGCAUUGUAUGGGCUAAGUGCUUUUAUUAUACUUCUGAAAAAACACUAGAAAAACAAAUAAAUAUAAAAAAAGAAAAAUAUCAGGAACAACUAAAGAGACUUGUUAAAGAAACAACAGGAAAAGAAGAAGGUAUUUCUUUCCCGAUGUUUUUUGUUGACUCUCAACCUGAUGAAGGGGAAGAUAAUGGAAGAUCUGAAGAAGAAGUUAAAACACUUUUAACAUGGAUCCGAAAUUUAGCGUCACUUAAUGUUGUUGAGAAAGUUGUGAGAAAGGAUUCUGAAUAUGAAAAGGUUAUUGUUGAAGAUCAAGAACGUAUAGAAAUUCUAGAAGUCACUGAAAAUGAAAUAAGAUAUCGAGUUAUUCACGAGAAAAGAGAGAAAAGAGUUAAACAUAAUGGAGAGAUUAGUGAAACAGAAUGGGAAUUGAUAAGUAGUGAAACUAAAACCAAACCAAUUCCAAAACAAUAUUCCGACACUACAAAAGAAGGGUUUUUGGUUUUAUUAGCUCGGGUUGGAGUUAGGGUGUUCGAACUUAUUUUAAGUGGGGCUUUUAGUUUAAGCAAGUUCUUGAGCAAUAUGUUCAAUUUAUAA